AUGCCCCGAUUGAGACUUCGCGUUCGGUCUGGGACGACGUAUUCAAACUCAAUUUCAGCUCCAAGACCAAAUUUAUGCUCAAGCUCCAAGCUUGUCGACUCGUCUGGUUCGCUCCCGGCGCCGCUUGUUCGUUCGGAUAUGUUCAACCCCCAGACGGACUAUCUCCUUACUGUCAAAGGUGCUCCGGACGUCCUUUACCCGAGGUGCACAUCUAUCAUGUCUCCGGUUGACGGCCAGGUCUUUGAUCUGACUCCCGAACGACUCGCUCAACUCACCGCUGUACAAAACCGAUGGGCCGCUCGUGAUCACCCCGCUACCGCCGUUGCGAUCGCCGCCCAAGCUGGAAUCGUCAGUGGCAACCCAGACGCUAUUCACCGGCUUUCAGAUCUCGACGAUUCACUUGACGAAAAGGCAAUCCCACAAUAUGAUCCCGACGCCAAGGAUCGUAGCUUGUUCACAUCGGACUCUAGCACCGAUCCUGAAAAAGGUUCGAGCUUAGCGAACUCGGGCAUGAAGAAUGGAACACUGUGUCAAUAUGACGAAAUUGUCUUUGCGCGCACCUCUCCCGAACAGAAGUUGCGAAUUGUUCACGAGUUUCAGAGGCGUGGUGGAGUCGUGGCUAUGACCGGUGAUGGAGUCAACGACGCCCCGAGUCUCAAAGCUGCUGACUGCGGCAUCGCUAUGGGCGAUGGCUCGGAUGUUGCCCGCGAAGCCGCCGAUAUGGUUCUGUUAGAAAACUUUGAGGCAAUAGUAGUAGCAUUGGAAUACGGUCGAUUGGUGUAUGAUAACUUGAAGAAGACAGUCCUGUACCUGCUUCCCGCUGGCAGUUUCUCCGAGCUUAUGCCCAUCUUGCUCAAUAUUUUGAUUGGCGUUCCACAGAUGCUUAGCAGUCUACAGAUGAUCAUUAUCUGUGUGGGUACAGAUGUCUUGCCGGCGCUCAGUCUCGCUCUCGAAAAGCCGGAACAGGGCCUUCUGUCACGCCGACCUCGAAAUGUCAAGACUGAUCGGUUAGCGGACUGGAAAUUGUUGCUCCAUGCCUAUGGGUUCAUUGGGGUUCUCGAGUCGUUGUGUGCGAUGAGCAUGUCUUUUUGGUAUCUUCAGCGCAACGGCGUGCCAUUCUCGGACCUUGUCUUGGGCUUCGGAAACUGGCCGACUCUGGACGAAGAGAAGCUUGACAAGGCUCAGUCUGUGUAUUUCUUUACAUUAGUGAUUAUGCAGUGGGGUAACUUGCUGGCAACCCGGUCACGUAAAUUGAGUAUAUUCCAGCAUAAGCCUUCCGGUAAUUGGUACAUCUUCCCAGCAAUGAUCUGUGCUCUUGUAAUCGGCAUUUUCUUCUCUUAUGUACCUUUCUUCCAGAAAACGUUCCUGACCCGAGGCGUCCCGGUCGAACACUAUUUCUUGCCUGUGGCAUUUGGACUUGGUAUACUCCUACUGGAUGAAGCGCGCAAGUUUAUGAUAAUGCAUACGUCAGUGAAUUCAUCAUCGUGCGAUAACUGUUCGGACAUCGGAAACCCUGUCACAUCGGGAAUAACUGGUUCGAUCAAACCAAGUACGGCUAAUUCAAGGCAGCAAUACGUGAUCUAUAGACCCAAUUUGGACUGGAUGGCGAAGGCUAGAAUGGGCAAAGGAUUACCGCUCGGUGGCACAAGGGCUACCCUUCGCAAUCGCCCCACACGAGUGAGGAUGUUGAAUAAAAAGUGGACGGAUUGGGCUAGAUAUCGCCCACGUCCGGCUGCCCUUUGCAAUGAACCUGUCUACUCGCAACCGUGUGAGACGUUCAUGGCGAGGUCCUCCUCUCAACAUCAACACACGGCGCUCGACGUCCCUGGUGACCUCCGAUGGCCUCCUCAUCGCGGGCCGCGGCUGGGGGUCCUCCUCAAAGCCUCACCAUCGUAUACACUGUCAACGGCCAGGACCACUGUACAGUCAUCCCUUAUCCAAAGAGCUACGAGGCAAGAUGCCCUCACAGCUGCUGUGCAGCGCUUCAGCCAAUACUUUGCUUCUGCAACACCUUCGCGUCAAGUGUGGCUCGCAAAGGGUCUGCGGACUCGUCGGAACCGCUGGAUAUGGGCCGAGAUCGAUCCAGAAUCGUUUCUCAACGCGAUCCAGGACAACGCGGUUGAGAUCCGCUUGUGCGAUAACGAGCAGGAUGGAUACGAUUCCGACGAAUCGGACUGCCUGAGCGUAAUCAUGUCGGAGGAGGAGAGUGUUCAAACAAAUAUGACAUCCCUGUUGCAGACGGAUGAUGGGUUCAAGAGCUCUCAAUCGAGCAUGUCCAACCUCUCCUGUCUUCAAACCCAGACUCCCUCGCCUGCUGCGAUUGCGCAAAGCUUGAUUGAUGAAGCAGUACAUAUUUACCAUUCCACCACCGACUAUCCUACCGCCAUAUCCAAACUCGAGCAUGCAGCGUCCGUUAUACCACCGGGGCACCCUGAUCUGAAAGCCCAGUGCUACUUGCAUUUGGGACAACUCGCCCAAGCCUCGUACAAUUUCCCCUCGGCCGAGAUGGAUGCUCUGCCCGCUCAGACCCAGGCCCAAAUCAAGGCAAACCGCCGGCUGUCGACCAUCUCGACUCUCGGUGGCUUGUCCCCAGCCUCAACAUCCCUCUCAACCGCUCGCUCCCAUUUCAGACACGCACACAAGUUGUUUACCGAGUCUAAGAACCGCGCUGGUCAGUUGCGAUGCAAACAAGCCGUUGCUUCGAUUGCAUUGGACGAGCAGGACUGGGAUUCGGCUCGGAGUCAGAUUCUUUAUAUCCUGGAUGCGGGGAAGCGAGAGGGCGUGGAGAUUGAUGAGGUGUGGUGCUGGAGCGCUUUGGCGCUUGUUUCCUUGAGGCAAGGAGAGCCCGAGGAGGUCGAUAAUUAUUGGAACAAAGCCUGGCGCGCGGGUGCCCGAUAA